AUGGAGUCACUUCUAGCAAAUGUCACCAAGCAGGCUAUGAGCUAUGCUAUCAGAAGCGGCAUAGCAAUUACAAGCCACUAUGCGCUCAAGCAAUGCGGCCGACUAAUGAAGACGGUCGAUGGCAAGGAAAAGCAAGAACUCGCCAAUUUGCAGUUAAGGUUAGACUCCAAAAUCAAGAUCAUUUCACCAGCAAUCGACAUGAUCGAGUUGAUUGCGGCACGCGGAAAUACCUCGCUUGAGUCUGCUGUAGGACUGACAAAGUCACUUCGGUGGGACAUCCAGACGCUAGGUAGCCGUGUGGAAAAGGCGGUGGCUGAAGAGCAGCUUGCGAGAAGAGGCAGUUCUAAAGCGAAGUCGCGAGACCAAAAUGAUGUUGAGCUCAAGAUCAUCAUAGAAGAAAUGAAGAGGCUGCUGGAGCGUAUCGAAGACGCCGUACCACUAAUAAAUUUAGCGAUUACCACGUCUGGUACCAGUCUUUCGACGACCCUACCCGCUACUGUAUCGCCAUCGCGGCUCCUACAGGCUAGCACCUUUCUCACUUCUGGAGACAUGCAAUACUGCGCAACAAAGCCGAGAGUCCAGCAGAUCGGACCAACCUUCAUUCUCUCCAUGUAUAUGUUGUUCUCUGGAUAUGCUCAUCGGACUCACGAGGAGGAUAUGCGAGAGACAACAUGGAAGGAGGUCAUGCACAAGGCACGUGUCACACUUAUGAGGGUUCCUCUCGACAAUGUCUACGACUUCCCUGCACCCUUUGGGCAAGACAGCAGAAGAGCUGAUGAGGCUAACCACCGCCACAUCCCAUCCGAUAGCAUGUUGCAGGAGUUUGCCUACCAGCUUCUUAUUGUUGAGGACUUAGAUGAUGGUCGUAUGCACGAGUUCGAAGAUGGCGAACCUCAGCCGGGGCCAUACGAUGGUGUGGACCAAGCAGGCGUCCGCGAAAUCAUUCCUAUUCAUGAAGUGUCUAAGAUUUUCUAUGCCGAUACGGGUAAGAUACUCAAUAUCGGGUCUGAUAACGAGACCAACAACCCUAUCUUGUUAUUGAAGCGAGAUGUCAACGCAGCACCGCCACGCCGGAUGAUGGAACGCGACACAGAGGAACCUGAGUACGAGUCAGAUGACUCACACACCAUCGAUGACGACGAAGAGGAUGCCGAACAAACAGAGCUAGAGGAACAACUCCGACGCGAAUCGACACCGCACCUCGAAGAGCCGCCCCCGCAAGAGCCUGAACAACCCACUUAUCCCUGGCGACUACCUCCCACGUUGGAUCUUGAAUGGAUAGCCUUUGAGGUAUACACCGAAGACCCCACGUCCGAUUCCGAGAUCGACGAAACAGAAGGCCUGACCGAAGAGACCUCUUCGCCAUCCCCAGCAGCCACACCCACACCACACGACUUCCUCGGUCGCUUUUCUGCCCUCAACCUGCGUCCUAGUACACCCACCUCACCCAAACCAACGUCCCAGAACCAAAUUAUCCCCUCUCCCCAGAAAGCCUCGGCACCAACACCAAAGUACCAGCAACAGGCUCCAACAUCCUUGCCCGCCAUCAAAACCUCUUUAUCCCUCCUCGAGAUGCUCAUCCGCUUAACUGCACUUCAGCAAUUCCAGCAAUCCUCUCACCUAGCCAUCCCAGACGAAUUUCUCAACUUCUUCCUCUCGGAUAGCAGUACAGUGGGUGCAGGUGGCGAUGCUGAGCUAAGGCGGAGGGUAAGGAGAGAAGCGAGGAUGCGGGUGGGAUUUGAUCCGUAUGAUGAGAGCCCGAUUAAGAGGAGAGGGGAGGAGUAUCUGGAGCAUGAGUUGCAUGAGCAUGACCAUGUACGAGACGGUAGAGAUGUAGAGAGGUCUGUGUAUGGAGAUAAAGAUACGCCAACUGGAGAUGGUGGUGGUGGGAGGUUUGACUACGAUGGUUAUCCUAUCGGCCAUCGCGCUUCUUCUCCAUAUUCGCGCUCACGGGGUGGCACACCUGGUUCGCCGGGUACGCCUGGUACUCCCACCAUCCCACACUCUAGUCGCUCGAGAUCUUCUAUCGACAUCUCACACACAGGAAGACAUGGUUUGGGUCACGCCUCCUCACCAAGUCCGCUAUUGAGACGAGCAACCACACAACCAGGUCAAGCUCAACGUCAACCGCCUCACCUUCGGACAUUGAAGCAACCUGGCUUUUCGCGGAAGUCAGCCGGUACCACAGCUCCUCGCACGGGUAGUGCACCGCCUGAUACGCCGCCUAGCAGUGUGGCUAGGCCGGCCUGA